GCCGCGGCCUCCAACGAGGGAGGUCUACGCAAUCGUCGUUCGCAAUCACCGCUCAAGUAAACUCAGUUCGGUCUUCGCGACGCGCGUCCUUUUUGUCUUUGGCGUUUAACCAACGGCUCGAUCAUGUUGUGACGGAUGCACAAACGUGUGUCGCCAACGCAUCGCGUCUGCUCUCCGAACACCGCGAGGAUGUACGCGCGAUAGGGAACGUGCAUCUCUGUGGAAUCCGAGAUCGCAGCUCCGUCGACUCCGAGCAACAGAUGUGACCAUCGUACGCGUCUCGUUCUUUAUAUUUAGUUAACCAAGAUUUUCUCAGUUGGUAACUCUCGCACACGACGCCUCCGAUUUGGAUAUCCGCAGUGUUUGUAUUCCUUGCCAAGAAGCGUCGUAACAAUAACAACGUGGAACGAGUGCGCCUUGAAUGUCAUUGAUGGGAGAUAAGAAAUGGUUAAAUGGCUAAUUCGCAGAUAAUAUUGAUCCAGAUAUUCAGGGAAAUAAGAGGAAAUCUUGUAGAGUCUGCGAUUGCGUAAAUGAGAGAAUCUUUCAUCGUUCUCUAAGGACUUACCUGCGACUUAAGGGCACCGAAUUGUAUGCAGAGGGUAAAAGGCGAAGGAAAGAGAAUUCCUUUGUCCUCUGAAGCAGUGCGGAAGAAGAAGAAGAAGCGAGGAGAGAAGCUGUGAGGAGGGGAGAGAGAGAGAGAGCUGAACGGAGCAACACGCGGUCGAGUUUCUAUCUUGGAGGUACCUGAGAGGACGACGAGUGAAUCGACGAGGGAGAGAGAAAGAGAGGAAGAGAGACGCUUUACACACCGGUGAACGGCCGUCGUUGUCGUUGCCAGCGGCAAAGGGCAACAACCACGCUGCGGCCGGAGACUCUACCUCCUUCUACUCAAGGCCAGAGCAUCGCGGCCCACGCGGUCUUUUGUAAGCUUCGUCGGGGCCCGAUUUCGUACGUGUCGUAGUGACAGCUGUCGUGCGCGAAAUGCUCCGAAAUUGGCGGAGGUAGAACAGACCGCGGGGACUGCAUCUCGACAGAUCGAGGGAAAAGAGUGAAAGAAAGAAAGAGCGCGAAGGAUAGUGAAAAAGUGUUUUUAUUUUCCUGUGACCAUGCAGAGGCAGAGGCUACUACCGGACGCCAUGACAACGAUGAUUAGGGCAGCUGUUCUCGCAGCUGUCUUGGGACAACUACUGGGUGCCAGCGCGGCCAGCAGGCCCGCCGGUGCCCACCCCGGACACGCGUAUUUCGAGCAACCGUGCUGCGGACGUUCUCAUCUCAGGCACCACAAAGAACACGUGCGGGAAUUCAGCUGCGGCAUGCUGUACUACAGGACGCUCUACCUGGACAGUAAGAGGGAUGCCCUAUACGUCGGAGCUAUGGACAAGAUCUUCAGGCUAAAUCUUAGUAACAUCAGUCAUUCCAACUGCGAGAGGGACGCUCUGAAUUUGGAACCCAGCAAUGUGGCAAAUUGCGUGUCCAAAGGCAAAUCAGAGCAUUUCGACUGCCGAAACCACAUAAGAGUGAUACAGCCGAUGGCAGACGGCAAUCGCCUUUACAUGUGCGGUACGAACGCGCACUCACCUAAGGAUUGGGUGAUUUACAGCAAUCUAACUCACUUGCCACGCCACGAGUUUGUCCCGGGAGUGGGGAUGGGCAUCGCGAAGUGCCCCUAUGACCCUGCGGACAAUUCGACGGCGGUCUGGGUCGAGAAGGGCAAUCCCGGAGACCUGCCAGCUCUUUAUUCUGGCACGAACGCCGAGUUCACCAAAGCCGAUACCGUAAUCUUCCGCACGGAUCUCUACAAUCUGACUACCGGUCGCAAGGCGUUCAGUUUCAAAAGGACUCUCAAGUACGACUCCAAAUGGCUCGACAAGCCGAACUUCGUGGGUUCGUACGACAUUGGCAGCCACGUGUUCUUCUUUUUCCGCGAGACCGCGGUCGAAUACAUAAACUGCGGUAAAAGUGUGUAUUCCCGCGUGGCGAGAGUUUGCAAGAGGGACACCGGCGGUAAAAAUAUACUCGCGCAGAAUUGGGCCACAUACCUCAAGGCCAGAUUGAAUUGCUCGAUACCCGGCGAGUUCCCGUUUUAUUUCAACGAAAUACAGAGCAUUUACAAGGUGCCGGGUGACGACACGCAUUUCUAUGGUACCUUUACUACAUCGACGAACGGACUAAUGGGCUCCGCGAUAUGUUCCUUCCACAUUGACGCCAUCCAAGAGGCUUUCCGCGGAAAGUUCAAAGAGCAAGCAACUAGUAGUAGCGCGUGGCUACCGGUUUUGUCCAACAAGGUGCCGGAACCGCGCCCGGGCCAAUGCGUCAACGACACGGAGUCGUUGCCGGACACCGUCCUGAAUUUCAUAAGAUCCCACCCGCUGAUGGACUCCGCGAUCUCGCACGAGAACGAGAAGCCGGUCUUCUACAAGCGGGAUGUCAUGCUCACGCGAUUGGUCGUUGAUAAGCUACGCAUCGAUUUCGUGGGCAUCGAUUUGGAUUAUACCGUCUACUACGCCGGCUCCAGCGAUGGCCGCGUUCACAAGGUUGUACAGUGGAUCGACAGCAAUGGCGAAUCCCAGUCGAUCUUGCUGGACGUUUUCGACGUCACGCCGGGCGAGCCGAUACAAGCGAUGGAGAUCUCGAAGGAGCAUAAGGCUCUCUACGUGGCGUCGGAUCAUCGGAUAAAGCAGAUCGAUUUGGUGAUGUGCACACGGCGAUACGACAACUGCCUGCGAUGCGUCCACGAUCCGUACUGCGGAUGGGAUAAGGACACGAACACGUGUAAACCCUACGAACCAGGUCUUCUUCAAGACGUGUCGAACACCACGGCGGACGUUUGCGACAGCAGCGUCGGCAAACGGAAACUGGUUGUCACGUGGGGGCAGUCGGUGCAUCUGGGUUGCUUCGUGAAGAUGCCGGAGGUGCUAGCGAAUCAGGAGGUACGGUGGUACCAUUACAGCAAGGAGAAGGGAAGGUAUCAGAUCGCGUACAAGUACGGCGCCGGCGGCGACAAAUUCAUCGAGACCUCGGAGAAGGGUCUGGUGAUCGUCGGCGUGAACGAGCAGGACGCCGGUAGGUACGACUGCUGGCUCGGCGGCGCUCUCCUGUGCUCGUACAACAUCACCGUGGACGCGCACAGAUGUUCGGCGCCCGCCAAGUCCAACGACUACCAGAAGAUUUAUUCGGACUGGUGUCACGAGUUCGAGAAGUACAAGUCGGCGAUGAAGAGCUGGGAGAGAAAGCAAGCGCAAUGCGCCUCGAGGCAGAACGACAGCAAUCAGAAUCUACACACGAACGAGGUGUACGGCACGCCCCUCGUCUGAUGGAGCCGAUCGUUGGGUCCCUCGUCGAGCCGAGAUUAUGAUGACACGAUGAUACGCAUAAGUGUCCCGCCAAGGAAUCGCGGCUGGACCAUGACCGGUUGGAUCGGCCUGGCCUUCCUGUUGGCCGGUCACGCCACCGCGCUCGGCCCGUUGGUCACUCGAGGACUCUUAUGUGACUGAGCGCGAUUCGCGAAACCGGUGAACUCUCUCCGAAUACCUUAAAAAAGGUGUGAGAAACGCGUGAUCGAUCGUGCAUACUGCUAUCCACGUGCCACGGUGUCGCUGCCGAUCGCGAGUGACCAUCGAAUUUAUUUGGCGGUCGGUGACCCGCGAGAAUAUUCCAGUUCCAUUCUCGUCGCGCACCCGAGACUUUCCGUUACGUAAAUAUAUAUACACAAUACGUAUAUAUUUCGCACUCGAAAUAUAUUGUAUAUAUGUAUAUAUAUUUCGUAUUCGCUUCACUGUAAAUAAAUGUGUCGCGCGCGAGCCGCGAAAGUGAGACCGGACGCUGAAUGCCGCGAAAUUACACGAGCGCGAGAGACACAGCGGGACGAUCCUCGGCUCGGUAAAUUUCGAUACUCGUGCGCAAUCGCGCACGGAGUGAUGUUCCUCGGGGUGAACGGACGAUACCUCUUGUGCCGAAGAAUCGUGGAGACAGUCCUCGAUUCCUCUCACACCUGGACCGAUCGGUGGCUGAAAGCUGUACCGGAGUAAACGCGCAGUUCCCUUUCCUUGGACUUUUAAUUAAUUUGCGAGACGGAAGGAAAUUUUAUGUGUAUAUAUACGGAUAUCGGAGCCUCAUUUACACGGGAGACAACGCAACGUUGAUCGCGAUAUCAUUGUGACCGAGAUAUCGAUUAUCGAUGGAACGUCAACAUCAAGCGGUGCGUCGAAGGGAGAAAGGCGCGUUUCCCUGCAGUUGUUUUCGCAUCCGCGAUAGGGGCGACCGACGAGCGAGGUCGAGGUGGAGCUUCCCGACAACGAGGGUGGGGGCAUCGAUUGGAGAACACACAGUUCGCAAACGGCAAACGGCUCGCACCCGCGAGGCUGAGAAGAUGCGGCGGAAAGUCGGAGGAAAGAAAGGUAAAACCAUCGCGUCGCGGAAUGGAGCGAGGAAAAACGAAACGUGGCCGACGGGCGCGUUUACGAUGUCACGCAGGUUACAUAUGAGAUUAUUAUCGGCUUUAGAGACCUUCGUGCGAGCCGCCGCUGCGCUGCUGCACUCGCGCGACGCUGGUUAGCUUUCCAUAUCACGUUCGCCACUUUUGCGGCGCGCACACGCCUAUUUUCUACCUGCACCCCUCAAACUCACCCACCCCUCCCUCUCGACACCGGCGCGUUUUCCUUCAUUUUUCCCUUCAUAUAUCGCAUCUCGACGAUCGCGCGAGCUACCGCCUGUUAUCUUUUGUUUGCGGGAACCUUCGUGUCGUUCUCUGAUCAUCGCCCAUUAUUCUUCGCGUAUACCCACCUGAGACGCAUGACGAAACGAGCGCGCGAUGACGCCGCGUUUUUAUCCCUCCCCGCACAUUCGCAUUGUGUGUUGAUAAAAGCGCGUCGUACUCGCGUGUCGUGUCGUGUCGCGCGGAACCAUCAAAAAACCGCGUCGGGCUCCAGUUCGCGAGGAACCACCACCUCGAGUCCCUUCGCGACGCGUCGUCAUCGUCGAGAACCAAACAAUCCUCUCCUCCUUUCCUCUCUUCAAAUCAAGGUGCUACGCGGGUCUAUUUCCUCCAAGGGAAAUCGGAAAGACCCGUGGUCUCAGAUCCCCGCAUACAUUUCCUUCAAGUGCGCGUAACCUCGUUUUUUUUUUAAUCCGAUUCUUUCCUCACGGACACACACGCGCGCGUGCGCGCGCGCGCGCGUACACGAGAAAUGCGUAUAUGCACUUAACGAGCGAUCAACGGCGACCGUUAUGUAUACGCGCCCGUGCACUGUACAUAAUACCGGACUUAGAGGAGUCACGUGUACACAUUUUCCGCUUAGAUAAGUCUAAUAUUAGCGUAGGGGAUAUACAUGUUUGCUUAUAAGUUUUCGAUGAACACGGCCGGAGAGAGAUCUCUCUCGUUGCAUCCCGCGGUAUCGCUGAGCAAACCGGAGUGAACGACCGCCGGCAAAACUAAACGCGGAUGCUCUGGGGCACACAUCGAGGCGGGCGAUCGUUUGGACGACUUCCGGACUCGAGAGACUGCGCGGGCUGUCGGAGCCAGCAUUGCGUUCCUUUUUUUUUCCGCGUAUACAUCCAACACUUACACGUGCUUUGGCAUGGAAAAGCCUACGGCGCGCGGCGUCCGUGAAAUCUGCUUCGCCCGAAAAUCAACCGGAGCACUUCGGCAUCACACCGUUACUUGAUUUAUCUUGAGAUAUUAAAUACGUCGAUUAUUACCUUUUUUUUAAUUAUCAUUGGCUUUCGUUACGCUCCAUUUUUCAUACCGCUCGAGAGCUUCUUUCGGAUGUGGGAACGGGCGUUUCCGAGUUCGUGAUUAUCUGUACAUAGAUAAUAGCGUUAUAUUUUUAUAAAAAAAAAAUGACAGGGAAGACUUACUUGCUAAAAAAUAACGGCAUGAUUUUAAUGUAUUGUUAGUAUUUCGACUAUUCGCUUUCAGUCAAGUUUGAUUGGACGCGAAAAAAUAACUGGACUUUGAAAUAAACAAAUAUUUUUCGACACGUAAAAUGACAGAAAUUCAAUUUUGCCAUGCUUCAUCGCUAAUUUUGCAAGUUGCGUACGUCCUCGUUUAUAGCAAUCGUCCAUGAAAAUAUGCAAAACUCGCGCCAUAGUGGAAAAUAGCGUUCGUGUUUAGCGUCCGUCCGACUUUUCCUCGGAGAUUCUCGACAUACAUUUUAUAAUCAACGCGACAACAAGCGGUUUAAUCGGUGCUCAUUUAGCGCGGUUUGUCGAACGAUCGGCGUAUCGAGAUAGCACCCCAGCCAAGCCAUAAUCAGCACACAAUACACGUAGGCUAUAAAGAGUAGUAGGGGAGGUCAUGACGCCUUUCUACACACGGAUUUCAGUUCCCACAAGUAGUUUGUCGCAUCGGCGCAUAGUUUUCGCUCUUACUCUUAAGUUUUUGUAAAUAGACAAUUUAGAUAAGUAAUAUCUACAGUAUCCUCGGUAAUACAGCAGCGCGGGGAUGCCCGAUCGAGCCUCGGUGCGCGCGCGUCUGUUAUUAACUUCUGUACAGAUAUCGUCGCGAUUGAAGACGAUUUACCUUUUGUACCUAUAAGGCUCAACCUAUACGAGAUGGUAUGCGAUAAGUGGGAGGGACUCCGAUAAGGAAACCGCUGAAGGAAUCUGAGAGAAUGGCGGGAGUUGUACCUAAGCGAGAUCUAGGAAGACGUAAGAGAGUAAAUACAAUAAUCUAAUCCUCGAGUAUGUACUUAUUAUGAGCUUCAACAAGUAUUGAAUAGUAUUAUGACGUAGGAUUUAAGACGGAACACACGUUAGGGAUAAAAUCGAGAGACUUUCGGAUCGACCGAGCCAGCCGCGAAGUCGCGCGGAUCGACGAGGAUUCCGUUGCCCCUCGAAAGUUUCUCUCGUCGCUCUUGAAAAUUUUCGCGCAGAAGACCUUCGCGUUUUCGAACGAGAACGAGGAGCGAACUCACUCCUCGUCGAUCCGCUCGGUCCACUUGUAUCUACAAAUCAUCCUUAAAUUCAUCCAAUCAUCAACCGACGUCCCGGAUCGUACUAGAUCGCAGACGUGUCUGGAUAUAUAGAGAGGAGCAAAGAAGAGCGGUCGAAAGAGUGCUAUGUACGCGUGUUUGCGUAUGUGUGCGUGCGUGCGUGCGUGCGUGCGUGCGUGUGAUUGCGUGAUGUCAUGGAUUGAUACGUAAAGAAUAGUAACUUACCUAUCGUAUAUUUAAAGAAAGUUAUAAAAAAAAGAGUAAAAGCAAACGUAAUAUUACGAUAGAAUAGUAAAGUACACGAACUUUGGCUAAGAGCGCCUUCGUGCAGUCCUCGUGGACCACGUAACGCCAUGUCAUCCCGCGCGUUUACGGUGACGGGGGAAGAGAAGGAGGGAGGGACGGUGGGUCGUAUCGAUCGUGAAUGAUGGUCCCCCGGUUCUUGCCGGAUGUGCGAAGAAGUGCGUGCCCGAUGCGAGUGCACGAGGGCGCGCUUCGGGUUGGAGUAGGCGUGAUCACGGAAAGCAAUCUAAGUUGAACCUAAAGUUGUUAGAUAUAUUAUUUGUAAGAUUACUGUAUGUUGCGUGAAUGCGAUUGAUGCGGCGGGAUAUCGCGAGCGGAACGAUCGAUCGGCGACGUAGAGAGGAAAGGUAGCCUGCCCCGCCAGCGAGGCAAAGUAGUUUCGCCGCUGUUCGUCGAGACGUCGAGCUCGAAACGCACCCGAACGUUAGAGAGAGAGGGAGAGAGAAAAAAAAACAGACCUCAAGACAUCACUGCCUGCGAAAUCCUAAUCGAUUAUCCCGCAACGUCGACCGCGAGAAGGUGAGAUAGACUAUAGAACUCGGUUUAAUGUAAUGCGAUACGAGACGAUUUUGGGUGACGAGCCCUACUCGUGGUUACUCGUGUAAGGGAAAACGCAAAGGGGGAAGCGACGCCCUAACUGAAUAAUUAGUUACGAUGACAUUACUACUACGAUAGGAGGAAGGAAAAGAAAGAUAGGACCCGCGAUAACGAUUUAUUAAAAUAUAUCACUAGGACUAGCCGACGACUGUCUUAGGUUUCAAGUAUCGGAAGCGUAGACUCGUUUCUCGGGUGGUGUAGCGAAGGAAGGGGGACGGGACGGAGAAGGAUUUGCUACACAUGGCGCUGCGUGUACCCUUUACUUUUUUCAACCUGAAGAUCACGGACGCGGAAGAGCGGGAAUGAUUCGUUUGACCGAUUUCCUCUUAAUUUCGCCCGCCUUUCUUUCCGCUCUCGUGUCACCGUGCGCCGUUUUUCUUCCGUUUUUCUUUCUUCCCCCGCCCAUUUUUUUUACGGAUAUAUCUUGCCUUAAAGCAGAAAAUUGGAGCGAACUCGCGCGCUCGCGCGCGAGAUUAAUAGUCCAUUCGUAUCGUGGAAAACUCAUCCUUCAUCAUCGCCGUAUUUUUCUUCGUUCCUUCGGUUCGCUUCUUUUUUGCAUUUUGCUCGUUCCUGUCGACAGCAGAGCGAUCAAGGGUGGAAAUUAGGGCCGGGCGGCAGCGCGCCGUGAGUCGUUUUGAAGCUCGUAGGAGAGCCGAUAUACCGCUUAGGGGAAUUCAAUUUAGCCGCACGGUGUAAGGGACGGAUCCGCGCAGCGCUCGAGGUAACGCCACCCGCUACCUCGGGCAUGCAUCGGCGCAUCGGCAGUUUUGUUUAUGGAACGUAAUCGUGAAUAUCGAUCUUCCUCCAAGCGCCCCCGCCAAACGUUCUAUUUGUUCGCACCGGGCGAUAUGUUUAUCGAUUAAAUCAAUUCGGCCACACGCGUCAUCAGCCUGCGCUCGUCCAACGAGAGCACAGUUCUUUCUGCUCAGAAUAAAAGUAACUUUUCGAAAGGUUGCGCAAAAUUUUAUGUUUAAAAUCAUUUCUAUCUCGGGAUUAAAUCAAAUUUUAUCGUUCAUAUUAUAAUUAUGAAGAAUUGUCUUGUAAAUUCUGCAGCUGCUUUGGAUUGAGAACGAAAGCGGAAUCCCGCUGAGUAUACUGUUGUAAUUUUAAUCUGCGUUGCGCACGAUCACACGCGAUAUACGAUCGAUCGAUUCACGGUACGCGCCGCCUAGAAAAAUUCAGACUUAUCGACACGUAUGUGCGAUUAUCAUCGUUAAUAACACGACCGUAGGUAAUUUUUAGUUCAAAGAAUUUCGUACGAUAAGAGACCCUUUUAGAUAUUCACCUAUUACCUAAACCUAAACAUCCAAUCGCUAUUUUUAUCAAAAAAAAACAUGUUAAAAAUCUUUAAUAGUUAUCCAUUGUUCACUAUUGCUAUAAUAAAGUUUUGCUUUAAUAAAUGA